CCUCUUGGAAUGCCCCUCACUCGAAAAUGGUCGGACGAAACUCGGUCCAAGACGGGGAGGUGCGUAAAAAUCGGUCCUAAAUCGUCACGAGGCCGAAAUUUUGAUUUAGGUCCUCGUUCGUCUGUAUAUCGACCAAACGUACGAAAUCACACGCCCUUUUUGCGGCGCUAAAAAAUUCAUUUAGGUGAAAAACGCAUAUUCGCGGGUGAAUUUAUGCGUUUUCGGCUCGGAAUAACAAGAAAUUCGCAUGUCCACCUCGCUCGCUACCCCUUAUCCCCGCCACCGACGAUCCCGCCUCGUAUUCACCUCGACCCGACAUCGCCACGCACCGACGACCCGCCUUCCGGCCCGACUUCGAUAUCCACCGACGAUCCGCCUCGUGUUCAUCUCUGGCCCGACAUCGCUCGCAUACCGCCGGUUCCGGUCCCUCCACCGUUGAUCGCCCGCCGAUCAGGGAUGCCGUCGCGAAUCAUCACCUCCCGACUCCGCCAGCCCCACCCCUACUCGAAGCCCUCCCAAGCCCUCCUUUGCAUGCGGCUCAAGGCGAGGGCGAUCAGGGGCGAGGGUGGCUACACCGGUGGGUCCACCCUGUGGGUCUGGCCCGCGGCUGUUCCGGAGGACGUGGAGAUGACGGAUGUCUCGGGCAUCUUCGAGAUGUCCGAAGUCGACCAGCUCGAGGCGAACGAGGGCUGGACGAUCAGGGACGACGACGACGAGGAAGAGGAGAUGGAGGAGGAGGCGACCGGUUCGUCGCUGAUCUUCUCUUUGUUCUAUUUCGCCGACUUCCGCCAUCGACGAUCCAUCUCUACCCCUAUCCCGGUUCCGACGAUCCAUCUCUACCCCUAUCCCGGUUCCGACGAUCCUUAUCGCAAUUCGAUCCACCAGCGACACGGAUGUCGUCAUGGACGACUACGCGGAGGCGACCCGAAAGUGGACGUUCGGGACGAGCUUCGGGUGGAGACUGGCCAUCAGACACCACUGAUGAGCCAUGUGAAGGGCCGGGAUUGGGCCUACGUAAUAGAUUUGGCGCUCGUUAGGGAGCGACCACGUAAAGGCAUGCCGGUAGCGUCGUGA